UACAAAUAAAGAAAGAACGAGGUUAUCGACUGUCGGAGAAGUGUAGAAAAUGAUGAUAAACGAAGACGGAGUUAUGGAUAUAUGCGGCGUGUUUGCUUGAACUGCACUUUAUUACAUUCUUCGCGAUUGAAACGAGAUAGACGUAAGCUCAACUCUUUCAACAGCGAGAGGGAGAGAGAGGGAGAGAGAGGGAGAAAACGCUCAACGGGCAGAAAGUGCAGGAACGUACAAUGAUUAUCUUAAACUCCCGUAAUGAUUCUGAACGUGAACGAUAUAUGCGUCAUCCGAGAGUGCGAGAGUGGCGAAUGACAGGACUGCGAAGCAUGUAGACACCGUGAGGAGCGAGCGAAGCGAGGAAGGAGGGUGAAGCGCGCCAUUCCCGGUCAUUUGGCGAAAGACAUGCGCUCGCGAGUGUCGGCCAACACCAAAGGCGGUGCACGGACGCGAUAGAGGAAAACGGGGGACACCUGUUGCUGCCGGCCGAGUCGCGCAACCGCGAUGGCCUACCUGCUCAAAAACCUCACCAACAGCAUCUGGCAUGCGUUCCAUGCGCUGCAGGCCGACGGCACCAACACGGUCGCCAAGUCGAAGCUGAAGGUGUUGACAGCCAAUAUUGGCACAUUGAUGGACUUAUAUGGAGUAGAGAAGGGCUUGGAGCAUUAUCGGAGCACGCAGAGUCUGACAUUCGACCAAUAUAUCUACUAUCUGCAGAAAGAAGUAUUCUCCUCCGUGACUGAUAGUACCUCCAUACAAACAUUAAGAACAUUAGAAGAGGGGAUAGACGAGAUUUGCUGGCUGGUUUGCAAGAAGCUGUAUUUGGAAAGAAGAGAUCCUCGAAGCCAUCCUGUUUUCGAGGAUCAUAGUGUUUACCAGCUGUUCAGAAUAUUUUGCCUGUUGGCUGAGACAGAGCCGGAUGCGACGGACUCUUAUUUGGUAGUGUUGCACGGCGAUGAAGUGGCAAGGAUUGCCUCACAUUUGGUGAUGUCUUUGGGUCUGCAAUGGGACGCGGCAGAUUUCUCGGCUCUAUCAGCGGCUAUCGGAAUGUUCAGAUUUCCCACGUUCCUGGCGGUUCUGGAAUCCAAGUACAGUGGUGGCAACACUCUGGAUACCAUGGCACUGACGGAGGCGAUUGAUGAUCUCUAUCAGAUUUACGUGGACAAUGUGGUGAAGAAGGGUUAUUUAAUGAAGAAGGGCUUCUUACUGCCAACGCUGCGGUACUUUUGGUUCGUGCUGCGUCCUGGCGAACUGGCGUAUUACAAGGAUUCCCAGCAGAAGGAGCCGUCCGGAGUGAUACUGCUGAACGCCAACUGCUGGGCGGACACUUUGACCAACAGCGGAAGACCGGAGAGGAAAUUCGUGCUCAGCACGCCUGAGCACAGAUGCAUAGAGCUGGCGGCGGAAGACCACAAGGGAAGGCUGCAGUGGCUCGCGGCUCUGCAAACGGCCAUUCAACAUGCCGGGGAGAAGAUCGGAUAUCAGAGGAGCUUGGCGAACCAAAGGAGAUCCUUACGACAAGCGACCAAACAGGAGAAAGAAGAGACCAAGUUGGAGCUACAACAUGAGAGGCAAGCUAGAAUCGCAGCUGAGAUCCAGGCUCGGAAGCUGGAGGCUCUGUCGAAGGAGGAAGGUGCGAAGGUCCAGCAGCUGGAGGAUGUGAAACAGAAGCUGGAGCUAUUGCUGCAAGAGGAGAAACAGGCUUUGCGUGAUGAGGAAAUAGUGCGAAGUUUACAAGCGCGAGUAUUGCGCGAGGAAUGGGAGAAGAGGGAGCAAUUGGAGAGACUGCAGCAGGAGCAGCAGGAAUUGCUGGAAAUGGAGAAGAUGAAGAGGCUGGAAUUCGAGCGAAUGCAGCAAGAAAACGAGAGGCAAUUGCAAGAUGCCGAGUUGCGACUUCAGCAGCUAGAGGCGGAGAGGGGACACUUGGACGCCGAGUUGCGUGCCGCGUGCGAGAAGGUGAAACGCUCCGAAGAGGCCCAACUUCUAUUAGAAGAGCAAAUCGUGACUCGUUCUCUGAGAGGAGGCGAGAGGAUCAGACGCACGCAGAGUUUCAUACCGACGACGAAGGAACGACCGCUGUCCGUAGAAAAGAUUGAUGGCAGGUCUGUAACGUUACGGAAAAACGUCUGACACGUUUUGCACCGCUGGCAAGGGUUGAAAGGAAGUCGAUGUUUAUUGUUCGAAUUGCAUUAAAGUAUUCCACCAAAUAGAAUAACACAAAGAGCCUAUAUAGAAACUAUUAUAUACGUUGCGGGGCAGCAACACUAUCUUUCGCGACGAGAACGCAAGAGAUCUUCAUGAGCGAGCUUCGAUCAGAGUACGAAUUUGAUAGUUCCUUAUUCGCGACAAUCUUGCCUCGUCCGUAACCUUAGCCAAAAA